AUCACAUCACACUGCCUCAUGGUAGCAUAUGUGACGUGUGUCAAAAUGUUUGCCCGCCAAUAAAGACGUAUCAGGUGUAUCAUUAAUCCAAUUCUUUUACUAUGUACGGCACAAAAUGAACAGCCUCGGUUUAAGUUUAAUUUUAAAAAUGGGCUGUAUAUGCUCUAAAGAAACCAUUACGAUAAAUUCAAGAAAUUAUACAGUUCGUGAACAUCUUGGAGAAGGUGGAUUCAGCACUGUACUUCUAGCUGAAGAUGCGAUCACACACAAAAAAUAUGCAAUUAAAAAGAUAAUUUGCCAUGGAUUAGAAGAUCAGAGAUUAGCAGCAAAAGAAAUAGAAUAUCACAAUCUUGUGAAACAUCCGAAUGUAAUAGAAUGUAUUGAUUCUACAUAUAAAGGAACAGCAGACCCUGUCAUUAAUGCAACCAGCGAAGCGUUAAUUGUUUUACCAUAUUAUCAUAAAGGCACACUCGCAAAUGAAUUAGAAAGACGCGCUAAAAACAAUGAUUAUAUGAGUGCGUUGGAUAUUUUAAAUAUUUUUUUACAAAUAUGCGAAGGUGUAAAAGCUUUCCAUGAAGCAAAACCAGAUCCUUUAGCUCACAGAGACCUAAAGACUGCAAAUAUAGUUCUUGGCGAUGGUAGUACACCUAUCAUAAUGGAUUUAGGUUCUGUAGCGCCAGCCAGAAUUAAAGUAUGUGGGUCACAAGCAGCACAAACGCUGCAAGAUUUAGCAGCAGAAAGAUGUUCAAUGCCAUAUAGAGCACCAGAAUUAUUUAACGUUGAAAGUUAUUGUAUGGUUGAUGAACGAACAGAUAUUUGGUCAUUAGGCUGCAUUCUCUAUGCGCUCUGUUACUUUAAAUCACCUUUUGAUGCUGUAUAUGAAAGAGGAGAUAGUGUUGCUUUGGCUGUUAUGAGUGCAAAUAUUACAUUUCCAGAAAAUGCUCCUUACAAUGAGGAUAUGCAACAUUUGAUUUUAUCAAUGUUAAAGGUAAAUCCAAUGGAACGUCCUUAUAUAUACAGUGUUAUAGAAAAUGUCCAUGAUCUUAUUGCAAAGUUGGAAAACAGAGCAUAAUCAUACAAAGAGCAAUAAUUUGAAUAUUUAUUAUUCAAAAAUUUAUGUAAAGACGAUUUUUGAUACUUCUUAUAUCGUGUAUACCAAUUUAAAAUGUCCACAGCAAAGAAGAAAAACGUGAUACUAUAAUGCAAUAAUAUAACGCAGUAAUUUUUUACUAAUAAAAUUUGAAAUAUUUGCAUUAUUUCAAAAUAUCAUUUCAAACUUAUAGAAAGUAAAAUUCUCACCAAUGAGAUUAAAAUAUAUCUUAAAUAAGUGGAUAUUACUGUUUUGAACAAUAUGAAUUUCAGAUUUAUAGCACAUUUAUAAUGUUGUUGGAAAUAUAAAUAUGAUCAAAUAUUUUAACACAUAUUACCGUCGUAUGACACUAG